CUGCUCAGCAAUUUAAUGCACAGUAUGUUGAAGAGCUGUUGGUUAAACCUGUCUAAGUUUUCAUCAGAAUGUUUCCAGUUACACAACAUCUGCUGGUAUUCACAAUCAUUUCAGUCCUUUCACUGACCAGGGCACAAACUACAACGUUAGGUACAACAACAGUAGCAAACAGCAUUACGAGUGAUGGAAGCUUUACUACUACAACCACACCCAUUCCACAAAUAUCUGCUCACCCAGGUGCAACAACAGCGGCAAGCAGCAUUACGAGUGAUGGAAGCUUUACUACAACAACCACAAACAUUGCACCAUCAACUACAAACCCAGUACCACAGAUAUUCUAUCCAUUUGGCUUAGAGGCAGGAGAGACACAAAAGAAUAUUGGUGAAGAAAACUCUUAUCUGGUCAACAUAUCCAGUCCAUUUAUAUUCUUCGGUCGAGCAUUCAGCCAGAUAUAUGUAAAUGGUAACGGAUUCCUUUCAUUCAAACAACCUUUGUAUGAAUUGGAGAAUUUUGUCUUUCCUGCUGCUGGAAGUGAAGAUCUCAUUGCUCCUCUCUAUACUGACAUUGAUGAUUAUAUGUCAGGUGUGGUCUCAUAUCAUGAGUACACAAAUGGAAGUGUACUUACUCGGGCAUCUCAGGAGAUAAACCAGUAUUUCUCUCGUAAUGACUUUAAUGCUAAUUGGGUCUUUGUUGCGACUUGGAACUAUGGAAGUUUUUAUGGUGGCAAAUCGUUGUUUCAAGUUGUUUUAAUUUCUGGAGGUAAUCGUUCUUUCGUUCUGAUGAAUUACGGUGACAUGGAAGAAGCGCAGUCAGAAGUGCAGGCUGGCUAUAACACAGCAAACUCUGAACACUACUUUGUAAUUCCUCACUCAAACGAAUUUAACUACUUACCAAACCUCAAAUACUCCAGUAAUGUAAAUGUUCCAGGCCGUUGGUUCUUCAGUGUCUCAAACGAGAUUCUCAUUGGACUUAGAAUGACUAUUAGAUCAUUUUCAGACCUAACACAGACUGGAAACAUUGAGACUGUUUUAAAGCAACUGAAACAAGAGCUGAUUAAUCGUGGGGUCUCAAACACCUUAGACCUGAAAUUAAGAGCAGUUAAAAAGACAAAUCCAUAAUACCAGUCUCAGGGAGUGGGUGGGGCACACAAUACACUGGUUUAUUAUAUCUCUGACACUAUAUAUACACUUGCUAUUUAGAAUGGGAAAGAGAAAGGAAUGCCAUUCCACAGGACUUUCAUCUGUGGUUAACCUUCAACACACUUUCUGUCCCCUAUCAGAUUAUGCAUUUUAAAAAGACUAUCUUCUCCAAUAAUAUGUUUUUUAUCCAUCUGUAAAUGAUUAACCUUAGUUAAAUGCAUUAGCUAUCAUGAACUGACAAUUAACUUUAUUUUUUGUAGCAUUUUUUUAUAUUGGUUAAUGUUAAUUAAGGAAAAUAGAAUUGUUCAUUGUUAGUUCAUGUUGGUAAAUUAAUAACUCAUCCAUCCUUCUUCAAAGGCCAAUUGUUCUAUAUAGGGUCACGGGAAGUGCCGAAGCCUAUCCCAGCUGUCUCGGCUGAAGGCAGGGAAACACCCGGCUUAGACAGAUGGCCAGACCAUCACUGUAGUUCAUAAUGCAUCAACUAAUGUCAAUGUGUUUUAAUUUUCUAUAAAUAUGCUUUCGAAAAUGUAUUGUAAAAGUGCUUGACAAAUAAAAACGAAUUGAAAAAUUUUAAUUGAAAUUAAAAGAUAAUUAC